AUGAUAAUAUGGAUAUAUAGAUAUAUAUAUAUAUGGAUAUCCAUAAGCGUGUGGUUGAAACGGUGGUUAAGAUGUAAUGUUAAACCUCCUAAAGUGGUUAUAAGUGAUCAAUCAUUAGCGUUGAUGUCCGGUUUAACACAAGCUUUCACUCAAUUUACUUCACUUGAGUCGUAUUUAAAUGUGUGUUACAAAUUAACUGUUCAAAAAAAAGAAGUUGAAAUACCCACAUGUUUUUUGAGAAAUGACGUAAAUCAUUUUAUAAAACUUGUCACACAAUGGGGUCCAGUAAAAAAUUCAAAAUACCCGAGUACAAAACAAAUUAUUACCCGGGUCAUGGGAUUGCUUGUAGUAUGCACAUCAAUUGAAGAAGCCGAACCUAUACUUGAAUCACUAUUCGUUAUAAUUUUAAGCAAGUUCGACGGAAAUAUGGAAAAUUUAGAUACUUUUACCCCUUGCUAUACAGCUAAACGCUAUUUGCAUUCUAUGAUUUCAACUAGUGUCUUAGAAAUAAUCAACAUUGACGAAAACUCCCAAGUAUUAAAUAGUGCAGCAGAUAACAUAAAUAUAGAUGAGGACUAUACUUCAGAUUAUACUAAUACGUUCCAAGAUUGGGCACAACAAAUUGCGAACAGAUCGAGAGCUAAAGUCGAGUCUGUGACAAUGCACAGUAUAUUCCUGAACUUGAACCUAUAA